CGCCCAGGAUGGCGGCCCCCGCCGCGCCGACCCAGCUGGAAGCCGAGCUCUACUACCUGAUCGCCCGCUUCCUCCAGUCGGGGCCGUGCAAGAAAUCCGCCCAGGUGCUGGUGGAGGAGCUGGAAGAGUACCAGUUGAUCCCAAGACGUCUGGAUUGGCAGGGCAAGGAACACCGAAGGAGCUUUGAGGAUCUGGUGGCAGCUAAUGUGCACAUCCCUCCGGACUACCUUCUCAAAAUCUGUGAGCGGAUCGGACCGUUGUUGGAGAAGGAGAUCCCACAGAGCGUUCUUGGGGUGCAGACUUUACUGGGUGUGGGGCGGCAGUCCUUGCUAAGGGCUGCCAAAGACUGUAGACACACGGCAUGGAAGGGUUCGGCGUUUGCUGCUCUGCACAGAGGCCGGCCUCCCGAACUACCGGUGAACUACGGGAAACCACCAAAUGCAGUAAAUAUAAUAUGUGCCAGGCAUGUAACUGGAUACGGGCGUUUUGGGCACUUGUUCCCAACAUCCUUCUACCAGCACAUCAAGAUGCACAAGAGGAUUCUGGGACACUUGUCGUCUGUGUAUUGUGUCGCAUUUGAUCGGAGCGGGCAGCGAAUUUUCACAGGCUCCGACGAUUGCUUGGUGAAAAUCUGGGCUACUGAUGAUGGGCGUCUGCUCUCAACACUCCGAGGCCAUUCGGCUGAAAUCUCUGACAUGGCUGUCAGCUAUGAAAACACGCUCCUUGCUGCAGGCAGCUGUGACAAGGUAGUCCGAGUCUGGUGUCUGCGAACCUGCGCACCUGUCGCCGUGCUGCUGGGCCACUCAGCUUCCAUUACUUCCAUACAGUUUUCUCCAGCCAGAAAAGGAACAACUCGAUACCUCACUUCUACUGGUGCUGAUGGAACUAUCUGCUUCUGGGAAUGGCAUUUGAACACCAUGAAAUUUAAGGAUCGGCCAGUUAAAUUUGCUGAGAGAUCAAGACCUGGUGUUCAGAUAUCUUGUUCAUCUUUCAGCUCGGGUGGCAUGUUUAUUGCAACAGGGAGCACCGACCAUGUGAUAAGAAUAUAUUACUUGGGCUUUGAAUCGCCAGAGAAAAUUGCCGAAUUAGAAUCUCAUACGGACAAAGUAGUUGCUGUUCAGUUCUGCAACAAUGGAGACAGGCUGCGGUUUGUCAGUGGAAGCAGAGAUGGCACAGCAAGAAUAUGGCAAUACCAACAGCAAGAAUGGAAGAAUAUGGUGUUGGAUAUGGCUACCAAGAUGACUGGGAAUAGUGUUGCAUCUGGAGAGGACAAGGUGUCAAAGCUGAAGGUGACCAUGGUAGCUUGGGAUCGCUAUGAUGCCACCGUUAUCACGGCGGUCAACAACUUCCUCUUGAAAGUGUGGAAUUCUUCUACAGGGCAGCUUCUUCACACCUUAUCUGGCCACGACGACGAAGUGUUUGUUUUGGAAGCUCACCCAUUUGACCAAAGGAUCAUGCUCUCUGCAGGCCACGAUGGGAACAUUUUCAUUUGGGAUCUUGAAAAAGGAACAAAAAUUCGCAAUUACUUCAACAUGAUUGAAGGCCAAGGUCACGGUGCAGUAUUCGAUUGCAAAUUCUCCCCCGAUGGGCAACAUUUUGCCUGCACAGACUCGCACGGGCACCUGCUGCUUUUUGGUUUUGGAUGCAAUAAAUUUUACGAAAAGAUUCCAGAUCAGAUGUUCUUCCAUACGGAUUAUCGCCCUCUGAUCCGUGAUGCUAAUAACUAUGUGCUGGAUGAACAAACUCAGCAAGCCCCACAUCUCAUGCCUCCCCCCUUCUUGGUAGAUGUGGAUGGAAAUCCCCACCCCACAAGAUACCAAAGGCUUGUACCAGGGCGGGAGAAUUGUAAAGAUGAACAGCUCAUUCCUCAACUGGGAUAUGUUGCAAAUGGUGACGGAGAGGUGGUAGAGCAAGUGAUCGGGCAGCAAACCAACGACCAGGAAGAGAGCAUCCUCGACGGAAUUAUCAGAGAGUUGCAACGAGAACAAGAUAUGAGAAGGCCUAAUUUAGGCGUAGUGCCUUCAAAUCCUCCGCAAAACAGAUCACAGUCUGUUAGCAUUUUGAGAAGUCCGAGUUUGGAUCUUGCUUCCCCACCAAAUGUUGGCCUUAGACGGAGUGGCCAGAUCGAAGGCGUCAGGCAGAUGCACCACAAUGCCCCGAGAAGUCAGAUGGCCACUGAGAGAGAUCUCAUGGCGUGGAGCAGGAGAGUGGUGGUGAAUGAGCUGCAUCCGGGUGUUAGCAGAGUUCAGGAAGAAAUCCGAGGUGCCAAAGGUGAUUUAGAAAUCCAUCUGUACACUUCUGAAAAGAAGAGGAAGCCUUCCCACACGUUACAAAGGAGCGAUUAUCAACCUGGCAGUGGACGAUCUUUGCGAAGAAACCAACGCAAGCGCCAGCAUGCUUACCAAACACGCUCCACCAUAGAACACCCUUCCCCAGGUGCAAGGAGAAAUUCACAUACCCAGGAAGAUUCUGAAAGCUCCUCUGAGGAAGAUGAUACAGGCGGCACAAGCGACGCGUCAGUGGAUGACAACGUGGCUGCGUGGCAAAGUGAAAGUAGUUCCAGUGAUUCAUCCAGUGAAUACUCCGACUGGACUGCGGAUGCCGGGAUUAACCUCCAACCUCCAAAGAGACAAACGCGACAAACUGCUCGCAAAAUCUGUAGCAGCUCUGAAGAUGAGAAUGCGAAGGAUACAAAAGGGCAAGAAGAAAAACGCAAGAAAUCCAAACAGACACGAAAAAAGAAACCCAGCGGACUGCUUUCGAUGGACGGAGAGCCCACAGAGGAAUGGUUUGCUCCCCACUGGAUACUGGACACCAUACCACGACGGUCCCCCUUUGUCCCGCAAAUGGGAGAUGAGAUCAUCUAUUUCAGACAAGGGCAUGAAGCUUACGUGCGCGCAGUGCGGAAGGCAAAAAUUUACAGUGUUAACUUGCAAAAGCAGCCGUGGAAUAAAAUGGAACUCAGGGAACAAGAAUUUGUGAAGAUUGUGGGAAUUAAGUACGAAGUUGGACCACCAACCCUUUGCUGCUUGAAACUUGCCUUUCUCGAUCCGAUCUCAGGCAAAAUGACUGGCGAAUCAUUUUCCAUUAAGUACCAUGAUAUGCCAGAUGUUAUUGAUUUCCUUGUGUUGCAUCAAUUUUACAAUGAAGCCAAAGAAAGGAACUGGCAGAUUGGUGAUAGAUUUCGCAGCAUAAUAGAUGACGCAUGGUGGUUUGGAACGGUGGAGAGCCAGCAGCCAUUCCAGCAGGAAUACCCUGACAGUUCUUUCCAGUGCUACAGCGUUCACUGGGACAACAACGAAAGAGAAAAAAUGAGCCCCUGGGAUAUGGAGCCGAUUCCAGAAGGAACUGCUUAUCCAGAGGAGAUUGGAGCCGGAGUCCCUGUAACGUCGGAGGAGCUGGCUUCUCUGCUGUACAAGCCCCAGGAAGGCGAAUGGGGGGCCCAUUCUCGAGACGAGGAAUGCGUGCGGGUCCUUCGAGGCAUUGAUCAGCUCUUGUCCCUAGAUAUUUCUAACCCGUUUGCUGUCCCGGUGGACCUUAGUGCCUAUCCUCUGUAUUGCACUGUAGUUGCUUACCCGACUGACCUCACCACAAUUAGGAGAAGACUUGAAAACAGGUUUUACAGGAGAAUAUCUGCAUUAAUGUGGGAGGUACGAUACAUUGAACAUAAUGCCAGGACUUUCAAUGAGCCCGACAGUCCUAUAGUUAAAGCAGCCAAAAUAGUCACAGAUGUCUUACUUCGCUACAUUGGGGAUCAGAGUUGUGCAGAUAUCCUGGAGAUCUAUAACAAAGUGAAGGCAGAAGAUCUGAGCAGCACAGAUGAGGAAGAAGAGGUGGCAGAAGUAUACGCAGAGUCAGACGGUCCAGGAACCUCCUCUGGGAAAAGAACUGUAAAACGGCAGAUAAAAAGGCCACCCAAUAAAGCAUGCGCCGAUGCCUGGAAGGAGCAGUGCAAGCAGUUGUUAAGCCUGAUCUACGAACGUGAGGACUCUGAGCCGUUCCGACAGCCUGUGGAUCUCUUUUCCUAUCCCGAUUACAGAGAUAUUGUAGAUACUCCAAUGGACUUCAGCACUGUGAAAGAAACAUUGGAAGCGGGAAAUUACAGGAACCCCCUUGAAUUCUACAAAGACGUUCGUUUGAUAUUCUGCAAUUCCAAAGCAUACACUCCUAAUAAGAAGUCGCGGAUCUACAGCAUGACACUUCGUUUAUCGGCCUUGUUUGAAAACCACAUUAAAACUAUCAUUUCCGAGUACAAGUCAGCAGUGCAACAUCAGAAGAGGAGAAGGCCGCGGCUACGGUACAGAAAACUACUCCGAAGCAGCAGCAGUUCUUCUAGCAGCAGGGCACCCAGCCCCAAAAGAAAACAAAAACAACUGAAGAUGCAGCCUAAAACCAACUUGGAUACCUCACUGCCUUUAACUAGGACUAAUUCUUCAGUUUCAUCUCACGUAUUAAGUUUUAUUUCACUCAAAGUUUCAGAUACUACCGAGGAACUGCCAGGCUCAGCUGCUGCUGAAGAUAUGGAAAGCCAGCCGUCCUCCUCUGGUUCCAACAAUCAGAAUCGUAGUCGAAAUAAUGUUGAGCCGGGGAAAAACAGGCCAGUCCGAAAUAAAUCCACUCCAGUCAAACAAGAUCAGCCUCCUGAUAAGCCCCUCACAAAUGGUGACAGGAGGGAACCGCGGGCAGCAGUCAAGAGAAAGUUGUCAAGUGCAUCAGAAGAAGAUGAGCACACCGGGGAGGAAGAAAAGGGAGAACAAAAGGAAAAACCAGGUUUAUCCUCCUCGGAAAGCGGGGAUUCAGGUUCGAUCUCAAGUUCUGAAAGCAGAUGUGGCUCCGAUUCAGACUCUGAAUCAAGUGGUAGAACAGAUCAGGACUACGUCGAUGGAGACCAUGACUACAGCAAAUCCGUACAAGUGAAACCAAGGAGGAAACUUCGACGGAGCAUCUCCAAUGGGCAAAGGAACUGGCAAGGCAGAGGGACUGGGAGGAGGGGGAGAUGGGGCCGGUGGGGCAGGUGGAGCAGAGGAGGACGAGGCGGUAGGGGAGGACGAGGCUGUGGCCGAGGAAGACGAGGAGGAGGCAGGGGAGGAAGAAGAGGACGAGGGAGAGGAGCCUCCAGAGGAGCCUCCAGAGCCAAGAGGCCACGUCUCGCCGACGAUGAGUUUGAGAACCUUUUCGGCGGACGCUUCAGCGAGAACACGCUCGGCGGGCGGUUUGGCAGGCCGCCUCGAAUCAAAACCAGGAACGAAGGCAGGCGGACCGUUUUGUAUAACGACGAUUCCGACAAUGACGCUUUUGUGCACACCGAGGAUCCCCUGAACCUUGGUACUUCCAGGUCAGGCAGGGUACGGAAAAUGACAGAAAAGGCCAGGGUCAGCCAUCUCAUGGGAUGGAAUUACUGAGAAGU